AUAGCCCAAGCAUCAUCAGGCGGGAAACUCAUCAGGCAUUGUCACUUAACACAGUCCUGCCCGGUGUCUGUAACCCCAAAAAUCCGCCAUGUCCGGCGGGCGUAGCAGCAUCAGAGUUCUCAACGUGGCCGAAAAGCCAUCCGUUGCGAAGUCGGUAGCGACCAUUCUGUCUGGGAACCAAGGGCUUCGAGUGAGGGACGGCCGUUCUCGAUACAAUAGGAUAUUCGAGUUCCCUUACACCAUCAAUGGCCAAUCCACAAAUAUGCUCGUCACCUCUGUCACCGGCCACCUUAUGGAGCUCGAAUUCGAAGACCGCUUUCGAAAAUGGCAUUCCUGCGAUCCCGCCCAACUUUUCCAGGCUCCUGUACGCAAAUUUGUUCCCAGUGACAAACUCGAUAUCAAGAAGACGCUCGAGGAGGAAGCCCGGAGGUGCCAAUGGCUCGUCCUCUGGCUUGAUUGCGACCGUGAAGGAGAGAAUAUCGCUUUCGAAGUCGUUCAAGUUUGCACCGCUGUUAAUCCUCAUCUUACUGUUAGGAGAGCCCAUUUCUCUGCAUUGAUUGAUAGAGACAUUCACGAGGCUGCUCAGAAUCUUGUUCCGCCUAAUAAAUUUUUUGCAGACGCAGUGGAUGCUCGGCAAGAAAUAGAUCUUCGUAUUGGGGCUUCUUUUACGAGGUUUCAGACUAUGUUGUUGAGAGAUGCAUUUGUUAUUGAUGCUGGUAAUGAUGAGAGAAACCUUGUUCUAAGUUAUGGUCCUUGUCAGUUUCCUACACUUGGAUUCGUCGUUGAACGGUAUUGGGAAGUACAAUCACAUGAGCCAGAAGAAUUCUGGGUCAUCAACUGUUCACACAAAUCUGAUGAAGGCAUUUCAACUUUCAAUUGGAUGCGUGGUCAUUUGUUUGAUUACACUUGUACUGUGGUAAUUUAUGAGAUGUGUGUCCAGGAGCCGACUGCAACUGUCACAAACGUUAGAAAGCAGGAGAAGCUUAAGUAUCCUCCACAUCCUUUGAACACUAUUGAGCUUGAAAAGCGUGCUUCACGAUACUUUCGCAUGAGUUCUGAACAUACCAUGAAGGUGGCAGAAGAUCUUUACCAAGCAGGUUUUAUUAGUUAUCCUCGCACAGAGACUGAUUCUUUUUCUCAGAGGACUAAUUUGCAUGCUAUAGUAGAAGAACAACAAGGGCAUCCUGUUUGGGGAUCAUAUGCACAAAGAUUAUUAGACCCUGGUGCUGGAAUUUGGAGAAACCCUAGUAAUGGUGGACAUGAUGACAAGGCUCAUCCACCAAUCCAUCCAACAAAGUUCUCUGCUGGAGAACGAUCAUGGAGUCAAGAUCACCUUAGGUUGUACGAACUAGUUGUUCGCCAUUUCCUGGCAUGUGUCUCACAGCCAGCUGUAGGGGCUGAAACUACUGUUGACAUUGAUAUCGCUGGAGAAUUGUUCUCUGCAUCAGGGAGGGUCAUACUAGCAAAAAACUACUUGGAUGUAUAUUGCUUUGAAUCUUGGGGAGGUUCACUGAUACCAAGUUAUGUUUUGGGACAACAGUUUGUUCCUACAUCGUUGACUCUUGAUUCAGGAGUCACUAGACCACCACCACUUUUGAGUGAAGCUGAUUUACUGAGUUGCAUGGACAAGGAGGGCAUUGGUACUGAUGCAACAAUGCAUGAUCACAUAAAAAAGCUGCUGGAUCGAUUUUAUGCAACCAAGGAUGCAAACACUCGUUUCUCUCCCACCAAUCUUGGUGAGGCACUAGUUAUGGGAUAUGAUGACAUGGGGUAUCAAUUAUGGAAGCCAUAUCUCAGAGCUGUUAUGGAGCGUGACAUGAAAGCUGUUAGUGAAGGUGCAAAAAGCAAAGAUGAAGUUUUAGAAACUUGUUUGCAUCAGAUGAAAUCCUGCUUUUUAGAUGCAAGGCUGAACAAAGUUAAACUCUUGCAAGCCAUGGAAAUUUUCUUUGAGAGAUCUAAUAGACCUGCUGGAGAGGAGCAGCAUACAUCUAGAGAAGUUAUCCGACCGUGUGGACUUUGCCAGGAAUCAAACAUGGUGCUUAAACAAAACCGGGAUGGCAAUUUCAUGGUUGGAUGCUUAGGUUAUCCUCAGUGCAGGAAUGUUGUGUGGCUUCCUGGAUCAGUAUCUGAAGCAGCUGUAACAACCAACAUUUGCAACUCGUGCACUCCAGGUCCAGUUUACUUGAUUCAGUUUAAGUUUCGCCGGCUGGAAAUUCCUCCUGACUACAAUGCUAGCCAUUUGGGUUGCAUUGGAGGCUGUGAUGAGAUUCUUAAACAGUUAAUUGAAAUUUGUGGAACCGGUAACCGGACGUCAGCAAGAGGGCGAGUACCCACUGCAUCAUCAGGCAGUGCCCAACAAAGUAAUAGUCGACAAGGUGCUUGCAUAUACUGUCAUCAGGGUGGGCAUUCUUCAACUGAUUGCCCUUCCCAGUUUUCAGGCCAUCAAGGGGCUAGAUCACGUGGAAGGAACGUGCAGCAGAGUGAUGAAUCCACAAUCUCAUGUGAUAUUUGCGGAGCACCAUGUGCUUUGCGGACUGCCAAUACAGCAAAUAACAGAGGACGGAAGUUCUACUCAUGCCAGUCGCAAGAAUGCAACUUCUUUGUGUGGGAGGAUAGCCUCAAUAAUGGUUCUGUAGGAAGAAGUGGCCAGCGUUCAACCAUGAGAGCCUCGGCAUCUAAUUCAAGGCAGGGCAGUGGUCGGGGCAGGGGUGGCCGUGGAGCAGCACGUGGUGCUGGUGUAACUUUUGUGUCAGCAACUGGUGAUCCAGUUUCUGGUAGAAGGUGUUUUGUUUGCGGUGAUCCUUCACAUUUUGCAAAUAACUGCCCCAAUCGUGGUAACUGAAAAGCAUUAUGCAUGAGCCUCAUCCUUAUACUAAUCUCAGGAUAUUGUCUAAUGGCUUGACUAGAAGUGCUUGGAACUUUUCUGUUUUGGCUGUUGCUAGUUAGAAAGAUAUUGUAAGUGUUUGAAGAUAAACUGGAAUAUUGGAUAGGUGAAAUUCUGGGUUGCUCUUUGGACAUUUAUUACUAAAGAGCUCAAUUCUCCAGUGUGGUAGAGAAAUAGAAUAGAGAUUUGAUUUUGUAGCCUAAUCGUUUUUAUCAUUUAGCUUGUACUUGUAGAAAGUUUAAUUUAAUGGAGGGAAAGGAAGGUAUGGAGACCUCAUAGCUGGUUGAUGCAAGUGAAAUUUGAUCAAAUAUUGUUAUAGGGUAAUUUUAUAA